GGGGUGGAGGGGCACAUGGUUGCAUUCCAAGGCGCGUUUCGUUAUCAUCCAGUACCUAAACUACCUUGUUGAGAUACACGCCCGCUAUCUCUGCUACCUAUCUUGUGUGUUGAGAAUUUUGCAUCUCAUAAGGUGUGCAUUCAUUGACACCAGCAGUCGACUGUUUAGACUUGUGAGACUCGAUCGCCGCCCCCCUGCGUCGGACAACUCUGCUGGACGACGUCACUCACUCAUCCGCUUAGGCCAUCGCGCCCUGACUCACCUCCUCUAGUUCAUCUCAUCUCACAACUCAAUAACUUCAUCUCGGAUUAUUGCCAACACACGCAUCGCCCGCCAUGGCGUUCACGAUGCACUCCCAUUCGGGGCAAUUCUGCCCCGGCCACGCAAAAGACCGGCUCGAGGCCAUCAUCCAGCAUGCCAUCAGCAUAGGCUACAAGACCAUGGGCCUGACGGAACACAUGCCCCGUCUCGAUAUCACAGAUCUCUACCCUGAAGAACUCGAAGAGGGCGAUCCCGAGGCCUCCCUUUCCGUUCUCGCGCCCCGGCACGAAGCCUACCUCGUCGAGGCCCAGCGUCUGCGCGAGAAGUAUGCCUCCCAGAUCGACCUGCUCAUCGGCUUCGAGGGGGAAUGGUACCGGCCCGCCUACGGCCCUUUCAUCGAGUCCCUCGCCGCCCACCCGGCCGUCGACUAUUUCAUCGGCUCGCUGCACCACGUCAACGCCGUGCCCAUCGACUACAGCCGCGAGAUGUACGUCGACGCGAUGAAGACGGCGGGCGGCAACGAAGAGAGCAUGUACGAGCGGUACUAUGAUCAGCAGCACGAGAUGCUGACGGCGCUGCGGCCGCGUGUCGUGGGCCACUUCGACCUCGUGAGGCUCAUGAGCGAGGACCCCGGGCGGGACGUCAGGAAAUGGAAGGGCGUAUGGGAGAGGAUCAUGAGGAAUCUGGCGGUCGUGAAGGAGUACGGUGGUCUGUUGGAGUGUAACAGCAGCGCGCUGAGGAAGGGUCUCGAUGAGCCUUAUCCCUGUCGGCUUAUUGCCGAGGCUUGGCUCGAGAUGGGAGGACGGUUCACAUUCUCCGACGACAGCCACGGCAUCGCGCAGGUCGCAACCAAUUACAAGCGCAACCUGGACUACCUCGAGAGCUUGGGCGUCACGGAGGUGUACACCUUUGAGCGCGGGCCCGUCGAGGGCGUCAAUGGGCAUGCGAAAGCCGUGUUGCGGGAGAAGGGUGUUGCGUUAGGGGUGUUUCGGGAGAACUUCAAUUAGAGAGAUAAUUGAGGAUAGACCGCUACAUAUGCUACAAUAGACAUAGACGAAUGAGAACGAUUCUGUAUGAAUUACAAAGACGAAAUAUAGUCUGUUGCGUUGAGAGCGUCGGAAGGCGUUUGUUUCUUCUUCCUUUUUUUUUUUCUUCCGUUUGUAAGGUAAAAACACUAACAAGAUGUUAUCGCGAACACCAUAAGCUAGAAGGGAUGGUCUAUAAUCAGUAGUAAUAAUAGCCCGCUCAGGCCCAAUUGGACUUAUCGAGGUGGAUAACAGUGACUCCAGUUGAGCCGAACCCCUCGCGAUGGGUAACGGUCACGCG